GCACCCUACUUCCUUUUCGCUAUGACGUGCAGACUCGCCCACUAACAGUAAACACCCACGCUUGAGCUCCAGAAGAAAUUCCCAAAUGGAUAGCUCCAUGUACUAUGCGAGGGAGCGAAUUGCGGCCAGCACAGAGGCUAAUGUCAGGGUCAUCGCAUCGACCAUGGCCGCAUCUCUGGCCAACGGAACCGCUUCGCCACGCGCAGAUGACGGAGGCGUCUCCAUGAACAACUUUUACCCGGCGUUGGUUCAAUGCUUCGGCAUCAUCAUUUGCGGUUACAUUGCCGGACGAUUCAAGAUCAUUAGCAAUGCGGAAACCAAGGGUCUGGGCACUUUCGUCGGCACCUUCGCCCUGCCCUCGCUGAUCUUCCUGUCUCUGGUGGAGCUGAACUGGAACGCGGUGAACUGGAGCUUCCUCCUGGCCAUGACCGUCUCCAAGGCGGUGGUCUUCUUCUCCGUGCUGAUCAUCUCCCUGCUGGUUGCCAGGCCACUGAACUACGCCCGCGGCGGAUUGAUGGCCAUUUUCUGCACCCAAAGCAAUGACUUUGCCAUCGGCUAUCCCAUAGUUAUGGCUCUAUACAAGGAUGUGCAUCCGGAAUAUGCUUCAUAUCUGUAUCUAAUGGCCCCGAUCUCACUGGCUAUUCUGAAUCCCAUUGGUCUAGUGCUCAUGGAGAUAUCCAAGAUAAUCAAGAACAAGGAGGAUGUGACCCGUAAUCCACCACUGUGUCCUGAAACUUGUCCCGCAGAGCAGAUGGCCAAACGGAAUCGGUGCCUGGGUGAACGAUCUAUUCUCGUUUUUAACACCCUGGUUGCUCUGUUCUUCAACCCUUUGCUCCUGAUGACCUUGCUGGGUGUUGCUGGCGGUUUCCUCUUUCCGCACGGACUGCCCGAAAUGGUCUCCAGUACUUUGCGUGUCCUUGGACAGAGCUUUUCGGCCACAGCUUUGUUUCUACUUGGCCUGAAGAUUGUCGGAGGAACGGGAUCGGAACGAAAGAGUACAGGAUUUCUAUUGCCCGGAGUGCUUAUACUGGUUAAAAUCUUGGUGCUACCGCUGGUCAUCCGGCAGACGGUCAACAUUAUGCAGUCUGGCCAGAACUUCAACGACACCACCGAGCUGAGUACUUUCGGCUUUCUCUACGGCACCUUCCCAGCUGCCCCCGGGGCUUUUGUCGUUGCGACACAGUACAACAUGGAGGUUGAAUUGGUUGCCCGUAGCAUGGUUUUCUGCACAUUCAUCUCGGCACCGCUGAUGUUUAUAUCAGCCAAAAUGAUAUCGCUGACGAAUCUGAAGCCACUGGACUAUCUGCAUGAGCUGGACGCCUUUUCGUUUGACAUCAGUGUGGCCGGUGCGGCUGCCUGUUGCAUCAUGCUGGUAUUGUUGAUCGUGACGAAGCGGUUUAAGCGAAUGCCGCAGAGGAUCACUUUUUGUCUGGUGCUAUCGCAGCUCAUGUGCUGCAUAGGAGUAAUUCUCUGGUCCAAGAUGGAACACGUGCACCGUUGGCCCUUGUAUCUUCAGUUUUUCCUCUUCAAUAUUGGCACCUACAGCACUCGCCUGUGGACGGCUCUCUUGGCCAUUUCCCUGCUCUUCCUGCAGUGUCGCAGCUUGUGUUUUGUCCUAAAACUAUGGCCGUAUAUGUUGGUAUUUGCCUGGGCUGUGCCGGCCAUCAUUUCGGGUCUCUUGGUGGCCUUUGACUCAAAUGUGAUGUCUGGAGAAAAACAUAAUCCGAGCUUUCAGUACGGAAAUGCUCAGGCUGCCAUCUCAGUUUUUAUGCUUGUCAUGUGCUUUAUAGUCACUGUCGGCUGCUUGGUGCUGCAUCAGCGUUAUAAGAAACGCUACGAAAAGUACAUGACCUAUUCACGUGAGUUGUCCAAUCCGGAGUCGGAAACAUCAGAUUUGCACUCGACAAUAUCCACAACUAACUUAUUGAGUAAUACGGAUCAUUCGUCCAUCCGGCAGAGUGUUCGCACUGCAUCCUAUUCGUCCUCAUCCGACGAUGAAGAUAUGAUACCAACAGCUGCGGGAUUGCCAGCGAACAGAACGAAUGGUAAUAGCAGCGGAGGAUCAGGAGGAGGAGAAGGAGGAGGAGGUGGUUGUGGCUCUGGCAAUGGAACCUGCUGCUCGGGAGGAGCACCGGUCACCACUCCAUCGACAGCCAGCACCGUGGUUGUAGACAUUGAGGAUCUGUUGAAUCGCACUCGUCAACGCGCCAAUGGAGCCAACAAUAAAGAUCUGGACAAGAUCGAGAGUGCACCUGCUGCAGACGAAAUUCGCCAUCAAAUGUGCAGCAGCUCGUUCAAUUGCGGACCAAGUACCUCUCGACAAGGUUGUCAGACUAUUAUCGAACGCUAUGAGGAUCAGAACAGGCGUGGACUCGAGCCCCUAGAGCACCCGAGCGACACGGAUGAGCACCAAACCUUGAAGCACACUGUCUUGCUGAUCAUUCUGCUGUGCUCCAUGUUUGUCGGCCUGGCGGUGUCCAUUUGGACUCUGGUCAUGGAAGGAAUGUCGGGCAUUUAUCUGGAACUGAGUUUCCUCGAUGCUUUCCUAAACUUUGGUCAGGGUCUAAUUGUGCUGGCCGUGUUUAUAACCGACAUGGGCGAGCUACUGAGGCCAGUUGUCAAGCUUUGGCGCAAAAUAUGGUAUGGAGCCAAUGUGGUUAGUCUACCGCACUGGUCGAACGUGCGACCCGAAACCAAGCAUAUUUGUGAACAGUUCCGCAAUCAUCACUUGGAAAACUGCAAGAAGGAUAUUGCCAAGGACAGAAGGUGGCGCAUUCGAGUGUAUCGCAGGGUGUUCUACGGCACCGAGUUUGUCAGCUGGCUCAUCGAGGUGGGACUUUCCAAGGACCGAAUGGAGGCUGUUCACUAUGCCCGACAUCUGGUCGAUGGACGGGUCUUGAGGCACAUAAACAACGUUUAUCACUUCGAGGAUAAACUGCUGCUCUACAAUUUCUGCAGUCGCAUCUAGAGGCAGCUACUACAAAGAUGAAGCAACUACGCCAAAUUUAGUUUGAUUUCCUGUUUAGUUUAUCAUAUCUCUUGUAUGUAAUUUUGACUGCUGUGAUUGUACGCCAAACAAACACGCACACACAAUGCAGCCAAUUGUGUGUGGGUGAUGGUGAUGGCGAGUGGGAGGAUGAGCUAGUGAAUUUGUGUAUAUUGUCCAGGCAAUUUGCUUGGCAAACGAAAGUUUAUUUUUUAAAUGUUUAUUACUAAGUAGUUGACUCGGCUGACAGUGGCAGGGGGCUAUCAGCUGGAGCUUUAAAUA